AAAAAAGAGUUAACCAAAGACAACUGCGAUUUUGCUGAGUCGGUAAGAGAGUGGUCAUGGGUUUUAUAGUGCUAUUAUGGGUUUUUCUCCUCUCGUUUGGUGUGUCUGCCGAGCUGACUGACAGCUCUACUGACGACGACCAUCAUCAUCAUCAUGUUGAUCUUCCGAAGGAGAAUGCCUUUAUUGAUGCUAUUUAUAUGCGGUUUGGACACGAUGGAAUUCACAUUGAUGAACAUGGAUUUGAGGAGAUAUUGAAACAGUUGAAAAUAGGGAAGAAAUCUGAAGAUAAUCACGAGGGUCAUGGUCACGAGGGGUCAUGGACACGAUGAAGAAGAACACGAAGAACAUGACGAUGACUCGCAUGCGGAUGAACACUUAAGACGUAGCGCUGAUGGUUUGAACAACAUUGACUCUGAUGGUCAUGAUGAGGAACAUGUACACGAAGACAUGACCAAUGUUACAACAAAUUGUUACACAAGCGCACAUUUUCAAAGGAUUCACCAAGUGAAUGCGUCCCAUGGUAUCAACAAAACUGUCUUCAGACAGAUGUCACCAUCUUUAGUUCAGCAAGUGUUGGACAAACCUUGUGAACAUCACUCACAUAAUCAUCGCACAAGAAACGCACCGACAACUGCCCAAAUAUACGGCUUUGGAACUUUGGCUGUAUUCAUUAUAAGUUUAGCCAGUUUAGGAGGGACAUGUAUUAUUGGUUACAGAAACAAACCUGUAUUUGAUUACAUACUGUCAUUCAUGCUUGCCCUGGGAUUUGCUGCCCUUUCUGGUGACGCAUUUCUGCACCUAAUACCAACGGCACUUGGGCUUCACGUGCACGACCAUGGUGCAGAGUCGGGUACUAUCGUUGUCCAGGAUCACGUCUGGAAGAUGUUAACUGUCAUGGGGAGUGUCUAUCUCUUCUACUUGCUGGAGAUCAUCAUGUCCACUUAUUAUAGUCAUUCACAUGGGCCUGCUGGUAACGAGCAUAAUCAGACACAUAUUCAGUAUAGCAUUGAAGAACGGAAUGAAAAUGAUUACUAUAUGAGUAAGAAAUCUAACUUCAAUAGCGAUACUUCCGAGAAACAUAUGAAUGGGCAUCUUCAAAAUGGAUCUAUUAAAAAGCACAACGAAGCUAAUGGAAACUUGGUACCAACCGCAAGUUCAACGUCAUUGGCAUCUCAGAUGACAGUUGCGUCUACAAAGCCUCUUGUGGAGAACGAAAGUAAAAGCAUCAUCAGCCCUCUUGCUCUCAUGGUCACUGCUGGAGAUGCUAUCCAUAACUUUGCUGAUGGACUUGCAAUUGGAGCGGCUUUCAGUAUUGACAUUAAUAGUGGCAUUUCAACCUCAAUAGCUGUGCUUUGCCAUGAAGUACCCCAUGAAUUUGGUGAUUUUGCUGCUUUGCUGUCAACAGGGAUGAGCUAUAAAAAGGCAAUAGUAAUAACCUUAUUGACACAAAUGACAGCAUUUGUUGGCUUGUACAUCGGAAUAGCCAUAGGACAACAGGCAAACGCUAGACAGUGGAUAUUCGCAGUGACAUCAGGAAUGUUUUUAUACGUUGCACUGACUGAACUGCUGCCAGAACUUGUUAACUACUACAAGCACUUAAAAAACCGAUGCGCUGUUUUGAUUUGUGAAAACCUUGGUAUCCUUCUUGGCACGACUAUUUUACUGCUUAUUGCAAUAUUUGAAGAGCACAUAAGAGUAUAAGCAUCUCGACUUAUGUUUGUAAAUAAUGCAAAACAGUGGACACAAUGAAUGAUAAAUGAUGACUGUACAAGUAUGUAACCAUCGGAUAUUGAUGUUACAUUAUUAAUAGUACAGGGUCGAGUCCCUUCAGCAGUUAAUCCUAUAUAAUUCAUUAAU